AUGGCGAUGAAAAUGACGAUGGCCAAAUUACCGGACAUUCUCCCUCGUUUGGGGAAAUGGAUGCCUGCAAGCGGUCAUGUCUACUGGAUGAUCAAAAAUAGUUUAAAAACAAACAAUACAUGGCCUUGCAUCGAUAUAUACACCGAUACGUUUGAUGUUGCCAAGUGUACGACGGUACUGGGAAUAUCACGUGACUAUUACUCUUCUCCCUUGACAACGUGUUUUGCUUUUUCAACUGACAAUACGAGCUUUAAAACGUUGCUAAAUACGCCUGGUCUGUUAGACUGGAAACAGGACCGAAUAAUCUUUGAAGGAAUAGCCAAAGCAAGUAUAGACUCUGUAACCGAGACGUGUGUUCAGAAUAGCUUCCAACCGACUGUGGUCGACAUGUGCCAGUUGUUGUCCCUGCACGACAAAAGGAAAUUGGAGAGAGCCGCAAACGCUGUCCUCCCUGAUGGUUUCAGGAAGGGGCCUUUACUACCCAGACACGUUUCACUGUUAACGAGCCACUGGACGCACGAUUUCCCUCAUCCUCGGCUUUGGGAGACACUUAAAUACUGUUCAUCAGCGGCGAUAUACAACCCCGCCAAUCAGCCAGUGGCGUGGGGAGUACACACGGAGAUGGGGGACAUGGGAAUGGGUUACUGCGAACCAGCGUAUCGUAGAAAUGGGUUCGCCUCCAUCAUCAUGGGAACACUUGCCAUGGAAAUAACAAAUAAAAAAGAAAUACCCUAUUUUUAUUUUAAACUUACAAACACUGUAUUCGAGAAAGGCGCUGAGAAAUUGGGAUGCAAAAAACACAAAGAUUUAGUGGCGUGGGUGAUGUUUGAAAAAUAA